ACAAUAUGUUCAUAAAAGAGCAGCUCUAGCUAAUUGGAUCCCAUUUCCAUCUUCAAUAUCACUCUCAAAAACUUUGAAAAUGGCUAAUAGUUUAUGGUCCUGGUACUGGGCUUCUAGCAGCAACGAGAGGCAUAACAUUUUCAAAGCAGCAAUUACCAUAACAGUCACAAUAGUUACACUCUUCUGCUUAUUAUGGAAACUCAAGCAAUUAAAGAAACUAAUCCCUCCAUUGCCUCCAGGCCCUCGGGGCUUGCCGUUAGUUGGUUACCUUCCAUUCCUGGGCACUUUCCUCCACAAAGAGUUCACAGAAUUAGCUCAAUUAUAUGGCCCUAUCUACAAACUCUGGCUUGGGAACAAAUUACACGUAGUUGUAAGCACUCCAUCGCUAGCCAAAGAAGUUUUCCGUGAUAAAGAUAAGAUUUUUGCCAACAGAGACCCGCCAAUAGCUGCAAAGGUUGUCACUUAUGGUGGAAAUGAGAUAUCAUGGUCAUCGUACGGUCCUGAAUGGAGCAAGAUGAGAAAAGUUUUUGUUCGAGAAAUGUUAAGUAAUUCAAAUAUUGAAGCUUGUUAUCCCAUGAGGAAGCACGAAGUGGAGAAAGGUAUAAGAGAUGUGUUUAAAAAAGCUGGUGAUAACCUGUCAAUAGACUUUGGUGAAUUGGUAUUUGAGAUAACUGAAAAUUCUGCUAUCAGAAUGUUGUGCGGUGGAAUGAUUACAGGAGAGAAAGCUAUAAGUUCUCUUUCAGAGUUCAGGAAAUUGGCAGGGGAAAUUAUGGUACUUAUAGGAAGGCCUAAUAUUUUUUAUCUUUUUCCGAUUCUUGCAAGGUUUGAUUUGCAAGGUAUAGAAAGUCAAGCAAGAAAUGUACUUUCACGUAUUGAUGAGAUUCUUAAUUCUAUAAUAGAGCAACGUUUGUAUAUCGAUGGUGUUGAAGAAGAUAAGAGCAAGAUGAGGAAGAAAGACUUCUUGCAGAUUCUUUUGGAUUUUAACAAGAAUGGAGAUUCUGAAACAUCUAUCACUACCGAUCAACUCAAAGCUGUGCUAUUAGACAUUAUGGUGGGUGGCACUGACACAUCAUCGACCAUGCUAGAAUGGGCAAUGGCAGAGAUAAUGCUACAUCAAGAAGUAAUGAAGAAAGUCUAUCAAGAAUUAGAUGAAGUCGUUGGAAUUAACAACACUGUAGAAGAUUCCCAUUUGCACAAGUUGAAAUAUUUAGAUGCUGUCCUCAAGGAGACAUUACGUUUGCACCCUGCACUUCCUCUGUUACUGCCUCAUGUUUCAAGUCAAUCAACUACAUUAGGUGGCUAUACCAUACCCAAGGGUACUGCUGUUUUUGUCAAUGUUUAUGCUAUCCAUAGGGAUCCCCUUUUUUGGGACAAUCCCUUGGAAUUUAUACCUGAGAGGUUCUUAAUUAGUGAAUCUAGCAAAUUUGAUUAUUCUGGCAACAAUUUUCAGUACUUACCACUUGGAUCAGGAAGGAGAGUUUGUGCAGGAAUUCCAUUAGCAGAACGGAUGGUUAUGUACGUUUUGGCUUCAUUCUUGCAUUCAUUUGAAUGGAAAUUACCACAAGGUACUGAACUAGAAUUAUCAGACAAAUUUGGUAUAGUCGUCAAGAAAAUGAAGUCCUUAAUUCUUGUACCUAAACCUAGGCUCUCUAAUGCGGACUUGUACUAGAAGAAGACGUAUCUAUUUCUUUGCAUCAUAUGCAUAUUUAUGUGCCGCCAGUUGUCUAUAUAUUAUCCUGCUUCGUAUAAA